AUGGAACUCAAACAGACUCAAGGAGGAUUUUGGACGGAACGGCGCGGACCACUUGACGGAGGACGACAGAAGCGUGGAUCACCUCGGACUCUGGCCAUUGCAGCAGUUUCCAUUAAUAUUGCAGUGGGUGCCCACCAAGGGGAUACGCCGGCCGCUUGGUAUUUCACGGCAUUGACCACUGAUUGGGCGUUCCAGCCGGUUUCAUCCACCAGGCGUGUCCAGUGA